AUGGACAGCCAAAUGAACAGAAGGAAGAGCGGCAUCAACCUGCCGCCGUCCAUGUCCGGCUCCUCCCUCCGCCUCGACACCUUCUCGUCCCCCGCCGUCAGCAGCCUCUCAUCUCCGCUCAAAUCGAUGUCCCCAAGGACCAUAUCCAACCUCUCCGCCUCCUCAUCCCCGUCCAAGUCGGCCUCCGUCUGCAGCGACAGGUUCAUACCCUGCAGAUCCACGUCGAGGCUGCACACGUUUGGGCUAGUGGAGAAGGGGUCUCCGGCCAAGGAGGGAACUGGCGGCGGCGGCAGCGGCAGCGAGGCUUACUCCAGGUUGUUGAGGGCUGAACUUUUUGGGACUGACUUUGGGUCUUGUGAUUUUUCUGCAGGUGGUGCUGGUGGUGGGUCGCCAUUGAUGACGAGCCCGAGCAAGAACAUGCUGAGGUUCAAGACGGAGCAGCACUCGUCUGGGCCCAAUUCGCCCUUCUCACCUUCGGUUUUGGGACAUGAUGCUGGGCUUUCCGGCGAGGUUUCGACCCCGCCCAAGCCGCCGAGGAAAGUGCCCAAGACGCCUCACAAGGUUCUGGAUGCACCAUCCCUUCAAGACGAUUUUUAUCUCAACUUAGUCGACUGGUCUUCUCAGAAUGUCCUUGCCGUGGGAUUAGGCACCUGUGUCUAUCUAUGGAGUGCUUCAAACAGUAAAGUGACAAAAUUGUGUGACCUGGGACCUAAUGACGGUGUCUGCUCAGUCCAGUGGACUCGAGAGGGGUCAUACAUAUCAGUCGGCACAAGUCUUGGCCAAGUUCAGGUUUGGGACGGGACUCAGUGCAAGCGUGUUAGAACAAUGGGUGGACAUCAAACAAGAACUGGAGUGCUCGCAUGGAGUUCUCGCAUAUUAUCCUCUGGCAGCAGAGAUAGAAACAUACUUCAGCACGACCUUCGUGUUCCGAGCGAUUAUAUUAGCAAACUUACUGGACACAAAUCAGAGGUUUGCGGACUCAAAUGGUCUCAUGAUGAUCGAGAACUUGCUUCCGGUGGCAACGAUAAUCAGCUAUUGGUGUGGAAUCAGCACUCGCGACAGCCGAUACUGAAGCUAACAGAGCAUACAGCAGCCGUGAAAGCCAUUGCAUGGUCUCCACAUCAGAAUGGCCUUUUGGCAUCUGGAGGCGGAACUGCUGAUCGUUGCAUUCGGUUUUGGAAUACAUCGAGCGGCAAUCAGCUCAAUCGUGUGGAUACUGGGAGCCAGGUAUGCAAUCUAGCAUGGAGUAAAAAUGUGAAUGAAAUAGUCAGCACUCAUGGAUAUUCUCAGAAUCAGAUAAUGGUGUGGAAGUAUCCGUCUAUGGCAAAGGUUGCGACUUUGACCGGACAUAGUUUACGUGUACUCUAUCUGGCAAUGUCUCCUGAUGGUCAGACAAUUGUGACUGGGGCUGGAGACGAGACACUCAGGUUCUGGAAUGUGUUUCCAUCCAUAAAAACACCUGCGGCGGUUAAGGACACUGGCCUUUGGUCAUUAGGCAGAACUCAAAUCCGAUGA